CCAUUCCAAGUUCUAGACUACUAUGAAAGAGGCGAUGCCUCGGCAUCUUGACUUACGGGGCAUCUAAACGGACUUCUCCUUGUUCUGAGGUUACAAUCCGCAAGGUUAGCAUGCACUUUUAGAAACCUUUAGAAUCGAUUCGGAUUGAUGUAGGCCGACUAGAUUCAAUCGGGAGGUUACCGAUACCGAUUAAUGAUUGAUUUACGUAUGUUUUUACUUCGUGAUCAUUCGGUCGAAAUUUGUCAUCAAUGUCUUUUCCCCAACCAUAGGUUGUAUUAUAAAUCCUCGUACGUACGUGACGUUAUGACGUUAUUUGCGCAAGAAAAGCAUAUAUAGAGUGCCACUCCCAACUGAAUAUAUGUUGCAAUUCAUGUUCGAUUAAGCCUGAUUGUGGAAAUUGUAAUCAAGAGAAGAUACUUCGACAAUGCCAGGAAAAGCUAUCGUCGCAGUCGCAAAGGGGAAAGCCGAAAUUCGCGAUGUGGAAAAUCCGCCGGUGAAGGAUGGUCACGUCCUCGUCAAGGUCACCGCCGUCGGUAUAAACCCAACGGAUUGGAAGACCCUCGAAUGGAGAGCAAUUCCCGGUCUUAGGAUUGGCGUGGACUAUGCUGGAGUCGUCGAAGAAGUCGGUCCUGGCGUGACAAAGUUUAAGAAAGGAGAUCGCAUAGCAGGAAUAGUUUGCGGGGGAAACGAGCUCCAGCCCAACAUUGGCACCUUUGGCGAAUACACGCUUGCCAGAGCAGAUCUCCAAAUCAAGACCCCGGACAACAUCACCGACGAGCAGGCGGCCACCCUCGGCGUGUCCACGGUAACAGUGGGACAAGGUCUAUACAAAGUCCUCGGCCUCCCCUGGCCGACCUCACCAACCCCAACACCCUUCCCGAUCCUAAUCCACGGCGGCAGCACAGCAACCGGCAUCUACGGGAUCCAGUACGCGAAAGCGUCGGGGCUUACCGUAAUCGCGACGUCGUCGCCGCGCAAUUUCGAACUCCUGAAAUCGCUCGGUGCCGACGCGGUGUUCGACUACAAUUCGCCGACGGCGGGGCCAGAGAUCCGCGCCCUGACGCAGAAUAAGCUGACGCUGGCGUGGGACUGCACGGGCAGCGGGGGCGAGCUCGUCGCGCGCGCGUUGAGUGAUGAGCUGCCGAGCCGGUACGCGGCGAUUAUCCCGGUGGAUAAGGAGGUUGUUCACGGUAUCAAUCCGAAGGUCGAGGGCCCGACUUUUCAUAUCGGGUACGAUGUCAUGGGGGAGCCGUAUAAGUGGGGCGAUAGGGUUGUGGAGGUUAAGCAGGAUGAGGUGGACCACGCGGUGAGGUUCUGGGAGACGGCGCGCGAGUUGUUGGAGAGUGGGAAGGUGAGGCCGAUUAGGACGGUGGUGAAUCAGGGGGGUAAGGGGUUGGAGGGUGUGCUUAAGGGGUUGGAGGAGUUGAAGAAUGGGAAUAUUAGUGCGGGGAAGUUUGUUUAUACGCUGUAGGUUGGGUAGGUAGGUUAGGGGUGGCGGGCUGAGAUUCUGGGAUUGCCUGGGUACUUGUGCGGUUAAGGGGCCAAAAUGGUGAUGAGAACUUAGCCGGUUUAUUAUGAAAAGAUUCUGAUGACCAUGAGAAUAUUGCAAUCCUCUCUUUCUAUUACAAAGAAAUAUGAGUACCUAAAUACGACUGUCCCUAGCUUACUCCCAUACUCCUAGAAAGCUCCAAAUGAGAAGAGAUCCAACAUCCUUCUUAUAAGUAGGUACUAAGUAAUUGUAGGCUCGAUACCU